AUGAAAGCUCUCAAUUUUCUCUUCCCUAUCUUGAUCGUCUUUACUGUUGUUCAUGCAACUGAAGAAAAUUUUGAUGAAAUAAACCUUACAUGUGAAAAUCUUUUCAAUGUAUCCUCUUGCAGUGAUUGUCAAGAACUAAUCUUUCAUGAUAUUGAACAAGAUGAAAAUGAUUGCCCAGCACCCAUUAGACUUGUUAAUGAAAUUUUCAAAGAAAUUAUAGAAUCUGGUAAAGAAAAGGUUGACUUCUAUGAUACUAUUUAUUUCAAGAAAGGAUUAGAAAGUUAUUGUGAUCAUCCAUUCAUUUGUGAUCCUCAAACCGCUGAAAAAUAUUGGACAAAUAUUGAACAUGUUUGUGCUAAAGAAUUGAGUUAUAAAAUAGAUUGGAGCGAUGAUCUUAAAAAAAUGGAUGGAACUUCACUUCUGAUCUUUGGCACUUUAUUGAGUUAUUAUCUGGGAAUUCCUGCAAACCACGCAUAUUGUUAUAAGUCUUCAAACUCUGAUGAAUUUUGCAUGCCUGAAAUUUACGAGAACGUUGCAGAGUAUGUUAAGAAAGCUACUGAUGAAGAUCCGAAUCCUAAUUUUUCCUUGGAUUAUAAAUAUGUUUUCAAGAGUGAUGGUACUAAAAUACCCAUUCCUAAGAAGCUUUACUGUGGUGAAGAAUCUGCUGAUGAUAAACGAGAUGUUGUCAGACGAACAUCAG